AUGGACUACAAACUAAACCACGUUCUUCAGAUUGUUUUGAACAAGAUAUACAGUCACAUUCUCAUCACAGGAGACUUUUAUGUGCACGAGCUGGAAAUAGAGGCGACAAACAGCAUGCAUUUCAAAACCUGUUUACAUGAGAUACUUUCCAGCUAUCUUACGUACAAUUACGUGACCUCUCCUACCAGAAUUCGAACUGCUUACAAGCCUCCGAUAAUUUAUUUUGUGCUCACCAGCGAGGAACCUACGGUAGAUGGAUUAAUUGCAAGCAUAGCAAUGGAUCGCAGUGACCAGAUGACGUUACUGUUUAACUACGUGUGUGUUAUGUGGAAUAUCCUGAGGAAAUGGAUGAUAAAGUGUAUAGGGUCACGAACUACAACGUGUUAUCCUCGCUUGUUAAGUAGAUAUCUUGGAUCU